CUGCGUGUCGUCAGGAAGCAGGGCCGGGACGUGCACCUGCUGACGGUGCGCGCGGGGUCGGACAGGCACGACGAGGGCGGCUCGGAGCACGCCGUCGUGGAGGGGCAGCGCCACCCGCGCUACCGGGACGAGGCCAACGACUGGGACGUGGCCCUCCUGCGGGUCAUGCCCCCCUUCGACCUGGACCAGACCCGGGCCGUCGUGCGGCUGCCCGAAUUGUCCGCCGGCGGCGACCAUCAGAACACCCUCAGCGCCGGCGCCUGGGUGCUGGUGUCCGGCUGGGGCGUGGAGAAAGAGGACUCGGACAGGCCGGCCGUCUCCCUGAGGAAGGCCAAGCUGCGUGUCGUGAACCACAUCGUGUGCCGCCUGCUGUACGCCACCGUCUCGGUCAUCUCGGAGCACAUGAUGUGCGCCGGCAGCGCGUCGGGGAGGGACGCCUGCUCGGGCGACAGCGGCGGGCCCUUGGUCCACACCGACCCGAUGAACGUCACCACGCAGUACGGCGUCGUGUCGUUCGGCCGAGGAUGCGGCCACAUGUACCACCCGGGCGUGUUCACGAACCUGGCCGACAAGAGCAUCCGGCUGUACGUCAAGACAGUCAGCGGCAUCUAGGGCGAAGGCGUCACGGCACGGAGAGUCUCAUAAUCGCUGUUUAUCUAUUGUAAAGUGAAUGCAUUCUACGUUUCCGCGGGCGCCAGUGAAAUCAUUGUGAAACUUUGUUUUGAUUACGUAGAAAAUGACGUCUGUUUCUCUAUCAGCAGUAGAUUUUCGACAUUAUUAAGUUGGUUUGCUUUGAGGGCCAAUGACUAAAUAAAUGCCAAAUCGGAAA